GUCACGCGUUCAACUAAGUCGUGAGUCGAGGGGAGCUUGGUGCGUAGCCACGCAAGUCACACCUUACGUGGUAUACAUCGUGCUUUUCGGAUCGGCUAGGUAAGACAAUCAAGAGUCGUGAGAUCAAGGAAUCGCUCGAAUUGGCGCGCAUCGGCGACCGCAUCACCAAGAUCAUCUUAAUUGAGAAGAGCUUGUUGAAGACGUGGUUGUAUAGCUAGCUGCUUGGGAGCAGAUAGACCACCGAGGGAUUUGGGACUUCGAGCAGGAAGCCACGUGAGAAGGUACCACGAGAAAAGUGCAAGACCACGAGAAGAUGUCAGCCUCCUCAUCGUGCUCCAAGCUGAGCUACAAGCUGAAUAAACACUUGGACCAGGACUGUCCAGCACCUCCAGUCUCGCUGGGACGGGCUUGGGCCGAAGCUUAUCCGAGUGAGCAGUCGCCUUACAAGACCUCGACGCACGAAGCGCAGCAGUCCGUCCCAGGCUUGUUGAACCUGGCACAAGGCGUGCCGGGCCACCUACCCUCGUCUGGAUUGUUAGAACGGGUAAAGCUGGAGCUGGGAAAGGAUUGCAUGGCUGCUGCGAGCUAUGGACCUGUUUUUGGAGCUCCUGAACUUCGAGCGGCGCUGGCUGAGGAUAUGAACCAGAGGUACGCUGUGCAGGCAGAGCAGUGUCGCAUCAACGUGCAAAACGUCGCCAUCACAGCUGGUGCGAAUAUGGCUGCUGCUGUGGCUUUUCAGGCCGUCGCCGGUCCUGGAGAUGCUGUCGUUCUACCGACUCCAUGGUACUUCAAUCAUCAGAUGACCCUCGCUUCUCUGGGAGUGGAUGUGAUAGCACUGCCUACCAGCGCACCUUCCUUUGAACCGGAUCCUUCUUCAUUUUCGACCUUGCUGAAAGACGAAGCAACCAGCAAGCGCAUCAAGGCACUCGUGCUGGUCACACCUAACAAUCCGACUGGCGCCAUCUACUCUGAGGAGGUGCUUCACCGAUUCGCAGAUCUGUGCAAAGACAGCGGCGUCGCUUUGAUAUUGGACGAGACCUACCGAGAUUUCCUGCUCGACGAAUCUGGCGCACGUGAAGGUCAGGAGGUAUUCAAGCGACCUCACUCUCUCUUCAGCAGACCUGACUGGCAAGCUACAAUCAUUCACAUCUACUCUUUCUCCAAAUCUUAUGCGAUCCCGGGGUGGAGGCUGGGCGCACUCGUCGCUCACGAGGCCUUGCUGGCUGGAGCGAUUUCUUCGCAGUCCUUCGGACCCGUAGCCAAAGCGCUAGACAAUUAUCAGAUUUGUCCAGCUCGCAUAGACGCUCAGCGUGCUGUAGCUUGGGCUAUUCACGAUAGCAACGAGAAGACUUGGAGGCUGCAAAAUGCAAAACUUCUUUUGGCUCGGCGCACAGCCUUUCUUGAGCUCAUGACGGCUGUGGAAAAGAGUGGAUGGAAAGUGGAAUGCACUGGCGCUUACUACGCCUACGUCAGCCAUCCGUGGGCACGCGUCAGCUCUGAGACCGUAGCAAAAGAAUUGGCACAGAGGGUAGGCGUCGUCGUCCUUCCAGGUGCUUUCUUCACGCCUGCGCAAAGCCGAGAGAGCGCUGCGCAGCGACUUAGAUUUUCCAUCGCAAAUGUGUGCAUCGACCGACUGCAAGAGUUGCCUGCGAGACUGGAGCUGAUAUCUCAAAUGGAGCUCGCGUAAUGCAUUGCUGUUGCUUUAUCGAAUCCAAGAGCAAAUCACUCAAUGCUCGCGCUCCAGCAGUGCGGCUUGAGCAUGUCCAGUAUCGGAAGCAGCGGAAGUGGCUGGGUAGCUCGGCG